AUGAAUUUAUGUCUGCGAUGCCAUGUCCCUCCUCUCAUACCGCUCCGCGUAGGCUCGCGCUUAUACGCCACCAAGUCGCUGGCCUGGUCCUGCGACGGCGAGAUAGCCGUAGCGGGCGAUGACUCGUUGCACAUUUAUCUCCCACACUUUCGAGAUGAAGGCCCUCAGGGCGACGACGACUCCGGGUCCGAGGCCGGCGGGGAGCCCAGCGGCGAGAUAGCGGAGGAAAAGCCCUGGUUCCUCAAGCUCUCCCCGAUGGGAAAGCCGCAGUACUCCACCGUGCCUCUCCGACUGCUGAUCCCGCAGGUGACGGACCCGCGGGCCAACGGGCGGCUCUUGGCACGAAAGGGCGCCUCGAUCGCGUACAGCGAGGACGAGGACGAAUUCAUGGGCACCGGCGUCGGGUCCGUGACGGGCGUCGGCUCGGCCCUCAACCAAGUCGUGAGCGUGCAGUGGUCGCCCACGGGCGUCGGGCCCAACCUGCGGCCCGUCGUCACGGCCCUGCUGACCAAGGGCUACCUAGUCGCGUACGGCGAGGUCAUGGACCGCCAGAGCGCCGUCAUGGACGUCAAGGUCCGCGACUUUCGGUUCUGGAAGCUGCUCUGGGGUCUGGGGGCGACCAUGCCCUUGGCCGACGCGUCGUCGCGCACCGGGUUCGCGGCGCGCGGGGACAAGAUUACGGCGUUUGCGUGGAGCCAAGCUUUGGAGCCGGGGCGAGGCCUCUUGGCGUACAGGACGGACGUGGAGGAGCUUGUCCUCGUGGCGGUGCAGUAUCUUGAGGUUGUGGUUGAUGAGGGCACGAAUUCGGAUGGCGGGGCCGCGUGGAAGAUUGAUGAGCUGCUGAGGGUUGAGGUCAAGGGCCCCCACCAAGCUCUUAGUCUUCAUGAUCCGGAUUACACUCCGUCCGGGUCCGGAUUCUCGUUGAAAUGGAGCCCUUGGUUAGUAUCAGAAGACGGAUCUCGGACGUGCGUCAUCUCGUACAUUGGUCCAAAUUAUGUUGGGUUUCGACGGGUCAUCUUGCCCCCUUCUUGGGAGCUCGGGGAUCUCCCCAAACUUCAACUUAGCGAAAAGGAUGUCCUCGGCAUUUGCACGCACCUCUCCACCGAUGCCUUUAUUGAGUGGGAAGAGGUUGUCUGGAAUGCCAAAGGUACCAAGAUCUGCCGCGGCGUGAUUGCCACGCCAUUUACCCCCAUUCCCUUCGAGGUUGACCUUGUGGGCAACGCUCCCGAGCUACCUCCACACCACCCUAGAGCCUGCGGUAGCCUGUACCCGGCGGAUACCGGCGUUGACAGUUUCAACCCCAUUUCAUCUCUCGUCGUCCACCCACCACCCCCAUCUACCGACUUGGAGGCGAUCCCCGUCCCCAUCUACACCCUCACACGCCUCUCCGCCACUGCCUCAAACGACAACUGGAUCGAGUACAACGGCCCAUCCACCACUUUCACGCCCCCAACCUGGGCCACAGCCAUCCACAAGCUCGUCAACGCCAGCCUCCCCGAGUCCACGUCGCAGUACCUAAUCGACUCGGAAUCCGACUCCGACUCCAGCAUCUCCCUCGCCAGCGACUUCGAAGACGAGGAAAAUCCAAGCUCCGCCCCUCGCGAGGACCAGCAGCAGCAGCAACAACAAACCAAGAACCCGGACGCCGGCCAAGUCACCGUCAAGCCUCAGCGCGCCCGCAUCUGGGCCGUCGCCCACUCCCCGGGCGCCGCCACCACCGCCAUCCUGUACUCCAAGCACAGCACGCUCAUCCCCGACCGCGUCUGCCGCUCCCGCGUCAUCUUCGACACGCCCCCUGCGCGGCUCCCGCCCUUCCACCCUCCCCGCCGCAACCGGACCCGGUCGACCCCCACCCUUUACGCGCGGCUCCCUCACCUCCGAGGCCAAGGUCUGGGAAUGGAUCUUGCGGCGGAGUUUUGGAGAGCCAUCGACUCGGCGGAGUGCGCCCUGUGCGCGCGGCCCCUCGAACUCUCCGGCAGCGAUUUCAUCUGCUCCGCCGGACACAUGUUUUCCCGCUGCGUCACGUCCGGCCUCCCCAUCCUUGCACCGGGGACGUUUCGACUCUGUGGCCUUUGUGGCCAGGCCAACAUGACAACCCAGGAGCUCCUCCGUUUUGCAGCUCGGCACGGCCUUUCGCCCGAUGUUGUCUCGGAAACAUUGAAAGACGUUUGCAACGGCUGCGGGGGCAAGUAUAUCGUGUAA